AAUGAGAGUCCUUACGCAGGUUCCUCUGCUAUUUUCUGAGGUCAUAUGACUUGAGCACCCUGCCUAGGUAAUGCUCAGAUGUUGAUGCACUUUCCAAGCUAGUGUGGUUAUUCUGCUAGGUCUGUGCAGAACGUGGUUUAUCUCAUCACAGGGAUGAGUCUUUCUUCACAGCAACUUGCUCUCACCAACGUUGGUAGCAAUCAGAUCAGCAUCACAAGGGAUCUUACUGAUGCCGGCCACCUUUGCUGUGAGGUUCAGUCAUCUGGAUGUGUGAUAUCUAUAAGAAUGGAUGGGUGGCUCAGAUUUUCCCUCCUGUUUCCAAAAUCUUGGUCUUGAAGCACAGUUUACUUGGAAUGGGAACUCAGUAAAUUACAUGAAGCAAAACAAAUGAAUGGAAGCUUUCCAACAUGCUGUACUGGGAAGUGUGAAGGUUUUCUAUCUUCCGUGUGGGCUUAGCUCAAUGAUUUGACUGCAGAGAGCAGAUCCACUAGGAGUAAACUCCUUCACUGGAAAUCACACUUCUGUUGCAAUUUAGCCUCUUUGUGCUGUAAAUCUGCUUUUGGUUCUGCGCUCUGGUUUGGGGGAAUGCUGAAAUCAGUGGAUAAAAUGCUUGCCUAAGUUUCAUUAUGGUCAAUGAGUCUUAUAUAUAGAUUGUGCCAACAAAGGGAAGAAUUAAAUAUGUUUGAUAAGGACUUUUUAGUAAGAAGUGAAGGAAAUAAAUGCUGGAAAGUAAUUCUUUCUCCAUGCUUCUGAUUAUCUUAAAUAUUCACAAUUAUGAUUUUUUUUGUUGUUGUUGUUUUAAAAAUAAUGCUAGCACUUCUGCUCAUCCUUCUUGAUGGAUGAUAAAAUAUUUAAAUCUGAAGUAAUUUUAUAAAGCUGCUUCAUCAGAGCUUAUUUGUUUAUUACAGUGUUCAUGAUUGUUGUGUAAAUAAGAUGAGGGAGCUAUUUCUGGCUUCUGCCUGCUUGUGCUCAGAAGGAGUCACAAGAUGUGUACACCAAGAUUGUGACUGAGUGCAGCUGGAGCUCCUGAUAUGUUGCAUUUCUGUGAGCUGUAUGAGUGGAUAAUUACCAAGUAGAGGGUCAAAGAUGAAGCCUCUUGUGGAGUGAUGGGCUGAAUGGCCUAUUUCUGAUUGCAGCAGUCAGCCCUGCAAUAAGGUGAUGAAAACUGUCUCAUCCUUUUCAUGUGCAUUGAUCACGGAGCUUCACUUCUGGCAGUCUUACUGUGGCUUCUGCCUGAGCCUCUUUCCUUCUUCUGUUUUGCCAUAGACUGGAAAAGCUGCUCUGAAACAUAGGCUUUGUUCUUAAUCAAGGCAUACAGGACUUUCUUUUGCUUAUUAUUUUUUCAACCCUAGUGUAGCUGGUGCAGAUGACUUGUCCUUGUGACACAGGGGCAACAGAGCUCCCUUGCUGUACUGUGAGGUCAGUGCUAUUUCUCUGUGGCUGGCCUUAAUGAAUUGUCUGCACUGAAAAUGAUGCAAACUCAGUUCUACGGUUCUAAGUUAAUGAAAAUAAUCAGGCAGGAACCCUGUGCAUGUCAGUUGCAUGUGUAUGUUGGCAGAGGCUUUCUGUUUUCUGUGUACAAUCAGAGUGUAAGGCAAGCGCAUUAUUUAUCUUGUGAUAACAAAAAUGUGUACACCUGUUUUUUAGGAGCAAAGGAGAUAGUGGACUGCAGACAAGGUGAAAUCAAGUAAGAGAUUUGCUAGAUUCAUAGUGCAGGAGCAGGUGAAUCUGAGGUGGGCUUGCUCUCGUUAUUAAAAGUGCCUAGUAAGAAGACAGGUGGGAGAAAAAAAAAUUGCUCGUAAGAGCUUUAUUCCACUUUGCCCUGGGCAAAACAUUUUAUUUUGCUAACUAUAUUUUCUUAACUUCUCCAAGUUGGAUUCAUUUCAAGUCCCUUGGCAUGGCUGUCAUCUUGUGUUUGCUGAAGUCAUGACUUCAGCAGGGGAGGUGUGGGCCAGCUUUGGUGACCUGUAAGCAAAGCCAGCUAUAGAAAUACUACUUAUUUAAUUGAACUAGAGCUGUAAAGCCCGGGCAGUCUAGAUGCACAGUGUGCCGUGGAUCUAUAUUAACAAACAUAAGGCAGGUGGGAGCCUUCUGCUAGAGAGAUGGGUGUGGAGAUGUUGCUGAGGGCCUUGGCUUUCAUCUUGCAUAUUGUGCGGUUGAUGUCAGGAGCCUGUUCCAGCCGGAGCUUGAAAUCAAUGCUUUGGGUUUAUUUUCCUGCCUCAAAGGAUGUUAGCAGACUGUUUUAUUAAUGAUAUGACUGUUACAUGCUGAAUGGGCACAGCUGACUAACAUAGGCAGUAGAAAUCAAAAAAGGGAGACUGAAAAUCUGUUGCUUCCUGUUACUGUCCAACCCUCUUCUCUUUGAGGACUAAAGACACCAGCACAGUUUACAGAGCAGAGCCCUUCUUUGUAAGAGGUUUACAUAAGUGCAGAGCUGUGAGAAAGCUGGUCCUUUCUGAUAAAGGGAAAUAGUCUGCUACUGGGAGAAACAAGUAGGCAAUAUGAAAAGAUUUUUGUGUGCUCAUUUGUGCAGAUAUUAUUUUUUUUGUACACCUUGCUGUCCCUCUCUCUUCUGAAGUUUACACUCUUUGAUGAUAGAUAAUAGAAACAUUUGAAAGGAGUGAAAGUCAUUUUCCCUUUAUUAAUUAUCCUCAAUAUCUUUAUUCAUAUAUUUCCUGACUCCUCAUACAGGAGUUCAUCACCCAAUAAUAUGUUUAAACCAUGUAACAGUCACAGUAUAAAUCUUUUUUGUUUUCUCACUAGCUGUGGGAGUAGAAAAUAAAUGCAAAUAUCCACAAAGCAUUCAUGUUUAAUUUUUAUUUGGAAGAUGAGACACUGCUAGCAAAGUUGAUUAGAUAUUAAAGGAUUUUUUAAACCUUUUAGAGAAAAUUCAAAACAUCUGUACCUGAAGUGCUCUUCUGAGUGCUGUUUUUUAUUAGCUCCACAGGAUUUAUCCCAGUCUUCCCUGGUAGCCAAGAUGAUGUAGUGAAUUGGGUGAGCCAGAAUUCCUCUGGGCUACGUCAAGGGAAGUGACCAAACACCCAAAUAUCUUUUUUCUGUGGGAAGACUGUCACCCAGGUAGGUUAAAUACAUAAUGAAGGAUGAGGAAGAGAAAUGAGGGGAAGCAGACUUCUGUUUUAUCCUCAGUAGUAGAGUGACAAACAGCAUUGCAAGCCUCCUGUUUGAAGACUUGUUUGAAGACUUGUCAGGGCUUCCUAGCUUACCUGUUGAAGGAAGGCAGUAAUGACCAUAUGAAAGGCAGAUAAUGUAAAGUACUGUAAUAGGUGUAGGCGUCCAACCUUUUCAUAUUUUUUCUUAACUUAAAUACCAGAAUUGAAGGAUAAGAGAAAUUAGUGGUCUUAAAUGACCUGUGAACAAAGUGCAGCUAAUGGUGAUUGAAGGGGAAGCGCAAGUGCAGAGGGAAUUGUAGAUACAACGUCUGAGUGAAAUUCUAAACAAAACUGUGUUCACGUGAUUUCUUUCUGUGUGUGUGACCAUGAAAGUUCUUCAAAAGUUCAGCUGUUUUCUACCUCUUUCCCUCAAAUUUCUUACUGGGAAAGAAAUUAUGAAAAAUGCAUUGGAGGGUGAAGAGAAGGAAAAGCAAGCAUUCCAGAUGGAAGUGUGCCAUGUGGCUCCUUCCCUCUAUCAUUUUUCUGCUGUGAUACUGGACAUAAGUCAGUUUGCAGCCCUUGACCUCUGACAAGAUAUAAGAGAAUUCAUCACUCUAGGAUAUACCAUCAUAGUUAUUUUUUUCUCUGAAGAACAUCAACAUCAGUCACAGUAUUUUCACGUUGUUCCAAGUAAUCUCGGACACGUUUGCCCUCUGCAUGUAGAAGUCUUCCAGGACUUUUUUGAAAACCUUUGAAGACAUGAGCCAUCUCACAAAGGCUUAUUUAAAAACUUGCUUGUUAGACACUCUACUGUCAUCUUUUAAGUUUAAGAAAUGUUUCAAGAAAGCUUUUCUAACUCAAAUACCUCGAAGACGCUUUGUUUUUUUAAGUGCUCCUUUUAUUAUAUGCUGAAGGGAACGGCCUUCUGUGGUACAUAACUGGACUGCUGAUUUUCUGAUUCAGAUUCAAACACGUACUUUUAUCCCAAAGUGUUUCCUGUGCUGUGACCGAGGCUUGGACAGCCAGCUAUAUCUGAGGCCAUUUACUCAACCAAGGUCACCUGGUGAGAACUGUUCUGGAAACCCCUUUGUGUAGACUCCAAUUUGUUUCCUUUUUUUUAAUUGGAGAAUUUUAUCUGCUGAAGGACCCAAAUUCUCUUCUCUGCUCUGCUGUAACCCCCACGCCACGGAGAAGAGCCCCUUCCAAGAAGGAAUAAACCCUCUGCUCUGCCCUAUUCAAACCCAAGGGCUGCCUUUGUGCCGCAGCUUUCAGAUUCCAAAGGCAUAUUUGGUUGGCGGCUCUGCUGGAUGCACAAAGGGUCAGUGCACUAAUAGGAUACAGCACUGGGAAAGGACGGGGCUUUAAGAGGCUCUUUGGAGAUUUGAUGCCCUGUGUGAAAGAGGUCAGCAAUACUGCAGCAACAAUUUUAAUUUACUCCUGGAAAAAAAAGGGCACUAUAAAAAGGGGAAGGACAUUCAAAAUAAGGGGGCCUUUAAAUCCUCCUAUACUGAUGAUCCUAACUCCAAAUCCAUCCACUGCUGAUGAACCUAGCCAAUGCCUUUAUAGGACUUAGGAGCACAUUUAUUCAUGUUGAUGGCUUCCCCCACCCCCUACCAAUGUGUAGCAGCUUCUUAUUGUGUGCAUUUACUUCAGAGAUGUUGGGAGGGGGGCUGGUGACUUCUUUACAAGAGACUUCAGUCUGCACCUGUUCAAGGGCACUCUCAUGUUGAUGCUCUGCAUAGCAGAAAACAAACCAGUCACUUUGCAGUGGCACAUUGAUGGCUUAUGCCUCCUUGGAAAAGGGAAUUGACACUGGUGCUGUGGGAAACUGAAAAGAACUAUUUUGACAGUCUUUGUUGAUCUGUAUAUGGCUGAAAGCUGUGAGUCACUGGAGCCUGUAUCCAAACAUAACUUACACAUUUGUAAUAGAUAUUAGCAAUGCUUACAUGAAUUUGUGCAGAAAACAAAUCUGACAUGUUCUUGGUCCACUUUCUUCCUUCCCAGAAUAUAAAAAAGCAAUGGGCAAUAUUGAACAUUAUGCUUCAGUGACAAGGUAAGGCUUUGGGAGAUUUUGUUUUUGAGUGGAUGAUUUGAAUAUAGUUUCUAAAAGAGGAUUUAUUUUUUCAUUUGCAGGUAUCUUUCUGGACUUACAGGUUGUUUGGGCUAUCAAGCAGCAACUACAUCAUGGUCGUGUAUAAGAGGGUUUAGCUUAAAUCUUUCAAAAAGAGGAAUAGGACUGCCCAUUAUUUCAAAUAAUCCAGUGUAGUGAAAUCCACUUGAAAGUGAUGGGCAGCAGAAUGCUCACUGAAGAGAAAGGAAGACAUCAUUCUUGCUGUGGUGCUGAAGAGGUGGAAGGGUUAGUGGUGGCUGAUCUCUGGCCUCACUCGUAGAUGUGGUCCUCUCAAAGACAAAUUCCUCCCAUACGAGGGAAGCUUGUCAGGGAAGUCUGCUGAUCGUGGAAGUAGAAGAGAGGGACUUUCUUGGUGGUGUGCUGUAACCUUGGGAGAAACUGGAUAUAGUAGCAUCUUCUUUUUUCACUACUGUGAGGUGAAGUCCUAUGGAAACAGAUCAUGGAUCGCCAUAAGGAUACGUAUCACCUAGGAAUCCUUGGAUUCCUUGGAAAGGGCAAGACAAGAUGCUCUUCUAAGUCAGUGCGACUAAUACCACCUGGGAUUUCUGGGAGCUCCUGCAGAGGCCCAUCGUGGCUGCCGUAUGCCCAUUCUGAUGGACUCUGUGAGGAUCCAUAUCAAGCCGUGCUGGAGAAGAAAGCCUCCAGCAACUGCCAUGGCACUGGCAAGGCUGUUGCUGACUGGUUGCACAGUGCUGAGCGCCUUCCUGGUCAAACCAGUGUCCUUCAUGCCUGUCUUGGACUUGCAGUCAGUGUUCUCAGUGGAAAUGAUUGUAACAGGAAGAAUUCUUCCAGGAAAGACUCAGAGGUGGAAGAGGAGACAAAAACAAGCUCGGCAAGUUCUGGUAAUGAGCAGUUGGUGCUGACUGGGAUCUGUCUGGCUUCGGAGCAGAAAGUCCACAUGCGAAGGAAGCAGAGAUGGUGGAGCAGUCUUUGGAUUUUAGGAAUGGUCCUUUUGGGUCUGGAUCAAAGGCUUCCAGCCAAACAGCAUCAGGAAGCUUUGGCUGCUGCUGCUUCUGCAGUAGUUGUUUCCUGUGAUAGGGGGCAAGGCAUACACAAAGCAUCUGGUGCAUCCCAUCUGUGUGGGAGGGGAAGAAAGUUGCCCCAUGGCUGCCAGGCCAGUAUGCUUUGGCAUACAUAGAGGUGUAAAAAAUUUUGCUCUUGAAACUUCAAUAUUUUGGGUCUUGCUUAACCUCUGCGUUCCAAAUUCAACAGUAUCCUCAGUGAUUGCACUAUGAUUGUUGGUAAGUAAAAUAUCUGUAACAGGGGAAACAGAUGUAAUUUCCAAUCACUUUGCCAUUUAAAAAAUGCUAGUAUCCCAUCUGAAAAAUAUUUAUUGAAUGUAAUGAGGAAGAAAGCAGUGGGGAAAUUAAGUAGGGGACUAUAAAAAUUACUCUAUAUUCUGAGACAGAGUAAUACAGACUUCUUUAUUGAACUUUCAAACCAUCCUACAGAGUUUGACAGAGAACAGAGCUUUCUUUAGGUUAUGUUCUAACUCCUGUACUGUGUCAUCAUUGUUCUCCAUUUAGUAUUUUUUAUUUUUUGUUUUUGUUUUCAAAGAAAUUGUCUACUACAGCAUCAAGAAAAUAUGAUAACAAAUCGCCUCUCUUCUCUUUUAAUUGUACUGCAAAAAUCUCCGGGUUCCUGCAACCAUGCUUAGCUCAUGUGGAAGCAGGUAUAAACAGUGAGUUCAGUGGAAACUGUAUGCACUAUAGUACGAGUCAGCCAGCUUAUCAAAAAUAACUUCUGAAAUGUCUUAAUAUUGAAGCUUAUAUGGAACUAGCAUGUUUUGAUUUUCUCAGUUUUACAUCACUGCUUAUCAAGCAAUGGCAUCAGGUGACCAUCAGGCUUGAGUCAGAACAGGAAUGCAAAUCUGGGUCUCCAAUAUCAAAAGCCAAUGCGUCAACCACUGGAAUAACGUGUGUUUACAGUUACAAUAAACCCCCUGGUAAGAUAUCUAGGAUCAAAUUAGAAAUACCUCAGCAACAUGAGAAAAAUAUCUCAAUGGUAAAGGGUCUAGUUUGUUUUAAGAAUGUUCUGGGAUAACUUGAUCUUUAUGAUAGGUAUUUGGUAUCGUAUUCUGUAUCCUCCAUUUGCAUGCCCAGUUGGACCUUGCAUAGCCUAGCACUUCAGCCUAGCACUUCAGCCUAGCGCAGCCUAGAUCUUUUGUACUUCUUGUUUCUUUUUUGAGACUAAUGCUCCAUGUUCAUGGAUGUCAGAUGUUCACAUCCUUCUUUCACAGCAGGUGUGUCCCUAACAUGCCUGCUGGACUUGGACUUUUUAAGGCUUGCCACCAGAGUUUGGGUUGGUGUCUGCCUGGAAUUACAUUCUCUCUGAAGAAAAUGCCCUAUUUGUUGGCCCAUGCUAUUAGGGACCUUCUUGGUGAUCUUGAUGAAAAACAACUCAAACUUCACAGUGUUGCCAUUCAGGCCAAAUCACAGGCAUUAUGAAGUUUCUAUCCAAAACCAUUCUUUGAGAACAGCAGAAAAACUGUUUUUUUCUGGGUGCGGUCCACAACAGCAUUGACUGGAAACAAUCACUUUUUGAUGGAGAACACCUUAAAAGGUGUAAUGACUGGCAAAUCUAGCAAGUUGUCUUCCCCAAGACAGCACAGUAUGGACCAAGCAGGAGUCUGGAGUACAACAAAGUCAAAGCACAAAUCCUGUGGGUGACCAGUAAGAAUGCCGAAAGUGAUAAUGGACUCUUUGGGGCAACAGCAGUGCCAGAAACUGGAUAUGUCUCAAAAUAAAAGCAUUGUGCUGUUAUACGUUGGGUAUUUUACAGGACAGAAAUGGAAUAGGCCCUUUAUCUAAGGACUGUUAUUUAUUUACCUUCAAGAGUUGCAACAGGCUUUGAGCAACAGAGGAACAAGGACUUGAAAAGGAAUCUUCGGAACAGAAAGAGCCUGGCUCCUGCAUGUUUCUUUGCUACCCUUUACAUGUGGAAAGAUCAGGAUCACAAGUCUCUGCAAGCUGACCAUGUGUAUUUCAGCUGCAUCCUAUUUAGGAUUGUGAGGCUUUAUUGCUGGUUCCCAGGAAUACUGGCAAGUGAACAAGGUGUGAUUUUCACUGCACAGUCAUUUGUCAUGACCCCAAAAUGCAAUGGUUUGCAGGUGUGUGGUUCUGUGGAUGAAAUGGGCUAGCAGUGCCUUAUACUACAGAGCCCUUUUCUUGACACAACAGUUUUUCAUGCUGCUUUUUUGGCUUGGGAUCCAUCCUAGUCCCCUUUACUCUAGGAAGCUUAUGUCUUCCUGUCUAACUAUGCUAUGGGAAGCUCAAGAUAGCAAACACAGACACUAUCAUUAAUUCCAAUCAUUGCUUAUUAAAUUAUAAAAAAAAAAAGCAGAAAUGCAUACCAAGACAGACCUUCAUCACCAUCCUCUACACUUCCUUGGAGGGGUUUUCAUCAAUCAAACACUAUAUCUCUGGCAAGACAUCAAGAGUGAUAAGUUUGAACUUCUGCUCGGAAAAGUGAAUCCACACUCCUUACUUGCUAUGUUUCCUGGGAGAGCAGGCUUCCUGGAUGUUACACAGAAUCACUGAUGUGGCAUUGGACUUACCCUUGCCCAUACCUUCAGCCUGUAUUAUCCAUAGUAAUGCCAAGGGGACUUGGCUAAAUAAAUAAAUGAUUUCUUUUGGCCUA